UACUUGAAAAAAAUGCACAAUGAUUGGAAGUUCAUAUAAUAUUUUGUUAAUUUAUUAAUUUUAUAUAAUAUGUGAGAGGGACUUGUUUGAUUACGUUGCGAUUGAGCACAGCGUGCUCCCAUCACAUUAGGAGGGCAGCAUGAUACGUUCUUGUGCGUACACUCCGCGCUGACGCUCGGCUGCCGCAUACACGCGAAGCCGCGCACGUCGUGUUUCCUUGCAGCGCGGUGGAGGUCGGAGUGCGGGCGGACAGUAGUGGGGAGCGUUUCAAUAGCGCAUCUUUCUCGCUUGACGUUGGGUCGAAAGAGAAGACACGAAUCGACAUGUUACCAUGGAGAAACUCAAAUAAGAGAAAUUUAAUAACUAUAAUGUCUCUAUCAUACUUUAAUUAACUAAUGAUAUGACCAAUGUAAUGAUUUAUUUUUUAGUUGAUAACUUUAGUUGCAACUUUUGUUUUUAUUUUUUUUAGUUUUACUAUUGCUAAUAAAUAUAUUGUAUUAGAGGUCGUUCAUAUUGAAUAUUAGUUCGUUUACGUAUAUUCACCUAGGUGGCGUUCAAAAUGCUAUUCCAAAGCAAACUGCGGGAGUUAGUUAUCUAUUCACUUAUAUGAUUUGUGAUAGGCUUCGCCGCGUGAUCUGUGAAAAUAUACAAUUGCAGUGAACAGCAGAGAAGGGCAAAAUGCCAAGAAUUCCACGCAAAUCGAAAAGCGACGGCGCCACGCCCGAAAGAAAUGGUACCGAUGGUACCCCUCCUCGAACACCCCUCUCGCAAAGAGAAGAAAGAGAAGAGUGGAGGGAGGAAGAGAGGGAAGGAGGAAGAAGAGGAGGAAGAGGGGGAGGAAGAGGAGAAAGAGAAGGAAGAGGAGGAGAAAGAGGAGGAGAAAGAGAAGGAAGAGAAGGAGAAAGAGGAGGAAGAGAAGGAGGAAGAGGAGGAAGAGGAGGCGGAAGAGGAAGAGGAGGCUUCCUACAUAAAAAUGUAAGUAAUUUAUAGACACUUGUAUAACUGUUUGUACUGUAUGUCCGUCCAUUUAGCAAACUAAGUUUUAUGUCAAAAUGACAUACACAUUUUGAUGUAAAAAUGACAGUUCGCUAUUUGGAUCU